UGUCAUCCUGGGGGUGAUAUUCCUUCUGUCAUCCAUAUGUAUAGUGGUCAAAGCCAUCCAUGACCUCUCAACAAGGCUGCUCCCAGAAGUGGAUGAUUUCCUGUUCAGCGUCUCCAUUUUAAGUGGGAUCCUUUGCAGCAUCCUGGCUGUGUUGAAGUUUAUGCUGGGGAAGGUUCUGACCAGCAGAGCACUCAUAACAGAUGGGUUUAACUCCCUCGUGGGCGGCGUGAUGGGCUUCUCCAUUCUUCUGAGUGCCGAGGUGUUCAAACAUAACGCGGCGGUCUGGUACCUGGAUGGCAGCGUAGGUGUGCUGAUCGGCCUCACCAUAUUUGCCUACGGGGUCAAACUCCUCAUCGACAUGGUGCCCAGGGUGAGGCAGACUCGCCACUACGAGAUGUUUGAGUGACAGUGGCCAGUGGGGCCCGAGCCGGCUGCUGUGCAUCCGCACGAACACCGUCAGGACCACGAGGUUUCCACACAGGCAGAUGGUGCCAAUAUUUCACUGAACAUCCAAUUUCUUUUUUGGCAAGUUUGUGUUCAUGGGAACAAGGUCUGCCCGGCAGGUCAGUCUGCACUUCUCCCCCCAUCAACUGUGUUAGGACAACCCGCACAGGAGUGGGGACAGGUUUCCCCACCUCCAGCGGGAACUGACCUUUUCUGUUUUCUGCAGUAAAAAAGGUUCUUGUGGGUAAGAUAAGAUCUCUCCUUGGCAGAAAGUUCCUCUGUGGUGCUCUAAGCCUGAAAUGGAUAGCAACUGACCCGACCCACCUCCUCUGGACCCCCGGUGGCCCCCGCCACCUCCCAUUCCAGAGUCUCUUAUCUCCUGGCAGAUUUUAAGGGAAGACCAUACGUUUUGUCCCUCGCCCCUUGACAUGCCCAGAACCAUCAGUACAGAUCACUUCCUAAUUUCUAUCAAGGUAUUUCAUUAGUUUCAUACUGUUUUACUAAUCCUGACUCUAAACAGAUUUGUCUAAAAGGAGACCAUUCUAUUUUUAAAGUACUUAGUGACACAUGUAUGAGCUUUGCAUGGUUGAACUGAGCACAUGACCAUUUCUUGUACAUUCAGAAGCUGAACCUACAUGUAAAAACAGAAUCCAUUUUUGAGAGAUGUGAAACGACAGUUUAUUUGUAAUAAAUAAUUAUAUAAUCUAUCCAUAUGUGCAUAGAUCUCUAUGCUGUGUGAAGUGGUAAUGGUACGUCCCAGUCUGCUAGAGAUGGCUUGCCCCUUUGUAAGGAACGCGAUGUUCCCUGUUUCUGUAACGUUAGGUAUAGGUUCUGUGCCUCUGGACCUGCUGCUCGUCCAGGCGAUGGUGUCUGACCAAUAAAGACCUUCACCUGUUUUGUA